AAUCUCUGGCCGAACAAGUAUAUAAGGCACCUUUGAAACACGGAGUUUGGUCUCCUCCCCGCACCUACUUCAUGUUAUACUGUAUUCACCGCUCGAAACUCAAUACGCAUACAGUCGGGUCGGAGGCCCUGGAUUAACCUCAACGAGAAUUCGCCUCGAGCGAAUUUUCUUGGGGUUGUUGCUUCAAGGUAUUUCUACUCAUUCGCUUACUAUGUUUUACAAAGCUUUUCUGUGGUUUUGCUAGCUGCGAUAAUCGCUUCUGAAUGCAAAUUUAACCAAGACGUCGAUGUAGUUGAAAGUAAUGUUGACUAUCUGUGAGUCUUCACAAUGUCUGAAAGUGCAAAGAAGGUGAAAACAAGGUUUCAUCCAAGUCACGGAGAGAACAUUGUUCUCUAUGAUGACAACACAGUGGCGUUUCGCAAAGCAAGCUUUGCCAAUGCGCUCGUGUUUAGUGAAGAACCUCUUCAGCCUGGUGAAAUAUUCUUGUUGGAAAUAGAAAAGGACGAGAGAGGAUGGAGUGGACACAUGAGAAUAGGCUUGACGCAGAUGGAUCCUGUAAACAUAGAUAAGGCAAAGAUGCCAACUUAUGAUGCAGCUCUGCCAAAUUUGAUGAAAAUGGGCUCUAGUUGGGUUUUCGCAAUGACUGAAACUUGCAAUAUUUGGGAUAGUUUUGAAGGCAUUGCGGGAACAGGAUAUGGUGAAGGUAUUCCUGAAAAAGAGAAAAGACUAAUGACGGACGGUAUCAAUGUUCAGACUUCCAGAGGAAUAAUACCAUACAGUGCUUUGAGGCCGAAUAUUGUUGGGUCUUCUCAAAAUAUUUUACCAACUGAUACUGGUAGUAGAAUAGGUGUUAUGUAUGUACCACAGGCAGGUUCAGAUAAAGCAGAAAUGCAUUUUAUUAUCAAUGGUGAAGACCAAGGUGUAUUUGGGAGAGAUAUUCCAUACAAAGCAGGACCUUUGCAUGCUGUUGUCGAUGUUUAUGGAACUACAAAGCAAGUUAGAAUUGUACAACUAUAUGGUGCUUCACUGACACUGCAGAGUGCAUGUAGAAAUGCUAUAUUACAAUAUACGAAGAGGACUGCUGUUGAUUCUCUACCUCUGCCAAACAUGUUAAAAAAGUAUCUUCUUUAUCAGUCGCAGUGAAUGGCUUAUAGGCAAAAUUGACUCAUUUUUUCUCUCCGAAAGCCCUGUGUAAUAAUGUCUAAACAGUAAGAUUGUGUCUGUUUGCGUAGACCUUUCUCGCAUUACAGCUGUUAUUAAUUUACUAUACACAAGCCUCAUUUUAUUUAAGAAAACGCUUAUUAUUUUUAGCAGAGCAUAGUUUAUGAUUUCAUAUUUCUGAUCAUGCACAUCAUACUUUGCCUUUCAACAAAAACCCUAAAUUAUUUAGUUUUUAAUUAUAUUGUUAACAGUCAUUUUUGUAACAAAGGCGUAAAAUUUUACAAUCGCACUAAUGUAAUUAAGAGUAUUGCACAAGAAUGUAAAAUUUUAAGUUCAAAUUGUAAACGUAAUUUCUUCAUACAAAGAGUGUAAUUGCACUCUAUAAAUAUCAUAUGGCGUCUAACGUACUAAUUUUUACAAUUUUAUUAAUUUUUCAAUGAAAACAAAAAGCAUUGAAAACACAUUCCUAUUUUAUACUGAAGGUCAUAAUUGUAUAGUGUUCCAGACUACUUUGUAUUAUUAGUCUAUAUUUUUUUAUUUAUCUUUUAUUUAUUUUCUUAUUUAUUUUCUUAUUUAUAUGAUAAAAAAAUAAGAGAAUUAACAUGAAAUCUAAUUUUAAAUGUCGAAGUAUUGUUUUUUGUUCAUCAAAAAGUCUUCGAUUAAAAAAAUGAACUUAUAACCAGUACAAAUAUUGAAUAUAUACAAUAUGAAAGUGAGGAUUAAUAUUUCACUUCCAAUAUUGUUUGUUUUUGUCGAUCGAAAGAGAUUAGUGGCUUAGAAAAAUCAACAAAUAAGUCACCAUUUUUUAAAACAAGUCAUUAAUUGUGUGUUGUAACUGAUUGAUUACUUAAAUUUACGGUUAAAUAGUCAAUUAGUUGCAAAGUACAAACAUGUAUCUUAUUUAUAAGUUUACGCCAUAUAUGAUAACGUGUUAUAUUGAUUCUUAAAAAAAAGAAAAUGAAAUUUAAGUGUAAGAAAUAAACUUAUUUUUAGUCCGCGAAAAUAAUUAUUCACAAAGAAAGUUUAUAAUAUAUAUUUAUGCAAAAGUUUUUUUAAGUUAUGUGUGAUUAAUUUACUAUGAAAUGUAUGGUCUAGGAGUGUUCUGAAUAAUUUAGAAAAAACAUCAAAUUAUUCAUGUGUAUAUAUUAUGAUGUGUGUAAGAUCGCUUGAAUGCGGAGAAACUGUAAAGAAACGUAAAUCUAUCAACAUUAUUCAUCAAUUGUCAAACACAUGAAAGUUGAAUUGCUCGUUUACGUAUAAAGUAUAUAUUAUACUCGUAAUUCUUCUUGAUUUAUCAUAUAGCCGAUAAAACGAUGCGUUCUAUUGAUGCGAAAGAUUGCGUGUUAUAGUAAAUGUAUUUAUAAAUAUGUGUGCCUGCGGAUAAUUUGGAUGAACUGCGCUCCAUCAUUUUAUAAAAUAAAUGUAUUUAUAAAAUACGA